UUAUAAAGUCUAAAGUAAUUAUAUUAAACUACGUGAUAAAACAAAUGAGACAACUAAAGUGAUACGGAAGGAGUAAUAAAUAAUAGAGGUUUUUUCCAAAAAUAUUACUCCAUCCUUCCCGUGCAAAGGUUCUCAUGCGGUUUACAUGUUAAGAAACUACUUUAAAUUUUUUAUACAAUCGUAAACAAAAAAAUAAAAUUUGAUGAAAGUGAAAUAUAUAAAGUAAAAGAUUAAGAACACUUCACGUUAAACGGAUAAUAGUGGAUGAGAACCUCUGAAUGUGAUGAAUAUAGUACUGAUUAAAAUUGAUGAAUAAUAUCUUGGUAGAUUCUAUGGUACCCAUAAGGUACCAUACCUUUGUCCACAUGGACCAAUGAGAAUGUAACAGUUUAAUUAUUUAAAUCUAAAUUAAAAAUGAUAAAGUGGUGUGGUCCAAUCAAAUGAAUUGUAGGUACGGUACCCCAUUUUUUAGAAAGGUACCGGAGUUGUCACCUAAUAUCUUUCCUACCCUUAUAAUAUAAGGUGAUCGAAAUCAACAAAUUUAGUAAUGUCAUAAUACUCCGCAAUGCAUUAUAUCGAUGAACUAAUUUAUUAAGAAAAUUAAGAAGCAAACUUAUUUCAAAAGCAGACAUUAAUAAAAUGAAGCGUAAUACGUAGUAAAAUUUAUUUGCCCCAUUACCAAGGUUGUCGGAUUUUGCAAAUCCCACUUUGGAGAGACCCAUUUUAACUUCCCCGUAUUUUUGUACCAAAAAAUGGAAUCUUCGUGUUUUGGCCUUUUGGGUGUGCAAACGAAAAAGUCCCGCUGAUCCGUCAAAAACUCAGAUACUACCGAGUACAAAAACCCUUUAGAAUUUUUCACAAGUAGACUAUGAAGUUAAAAUAAUAUCACUUUUUUCAACUUUGGAAAGUUAUUUCAAAACUAAACUAGUUAAAAAAUUCAUUUCAUAAAUAGACCACUAUAUGAAAUACACCUACGGGGGUCUACUAAAAUUUCUUUUCCUAACGAGUGCACUGCGAUGCAAUGUCUCAAUCGCGGCUCCAUUAUCAUUUGACAAAUUAAUUCGAAUUGCACGGAAUACUUAUCGUUAGUUUUAUGUAGGAAAAAAUGUAAAAAGUUAUUAAAAACUGUAAAAGACGAGAACAAUUAGGUAAAUAUUAAAAGUGAGAAAAAUAAUACUACAUAGUAAAUUUAAAACUGGAACAAUUCAAAAAUAAUAAUAAAAUAAAAAAUUGAAAACGUGUGAACUAAGUUAAAAAAAUUAACUUUAACAUAAAAUCUGUCAAAAAAAAAUGUAUACAAAUAAACGAAGUAUAUAAUUUCAAAUACAAUUUCAAAAUAGUUAAUACAAUUUGUAUAAAAUAUAAAAACAUGGGGACGUUCUAUAAAAUACAAAAUAAUUUCAAAAUGUUACAAUUUAUAUGAAAUAUAAAAAUUUCAAAAAUAUAAAAAAUCAAAAGGUUGGUAAAAGAAUUAAAUAACAGAAAAUAAAAUAUUAAUUAGAAAAAAUUCUCAAAAUCGAAAAAACUUGAAAUUGAAUUUCUAAAACCUAAUUAAAAAAAAUUAGGAAAACUAAAAAAAGUUGUAGAACAAUUAAAAAAAUUAAAAACUCUAAAAUGAAAAGGUUAAAGAUAGAUAUUACUCCCUCCGUUCCGUUGGAAGGUUCGCAUAGCAAAAUGACACGGUUAUUUAGACAAUAGUUAUAUAAAAUACUUCGAAUAUAUUUUGAGAAAUAAUUUUAAUAGGUAUAUAUUAUAAUGUAGUUAGUAUUGAUAAUUGUGAUGUUAUACAUGUAUUAUUUUUAAUAUUUAAUGAUUAAAUUGUCACUUAAGAUUGUUAAUUGUUUCCUAAGAAGGAAAUGAGAACCUUCUAACGGGACAUCAAAACAAGGAAAGUGAGAACCUUCUAAUGGGACGGAGGGAGUAUUAGUUAAGACUUUGUGAAAAUGCUAGAAAAUACAAACCAUUACCUUUAGGAAUUUAGUUUUUUUUAAAUAGUAAAAAUAUUAUAUUUUUAUUAUCAUUAUGUUAUUAUUUUGUUUCAUAAUGUUUCAUAACCUUGCUUUUUGUUUUUUUAGAGAACUUUUAAUGUUCCAUGUUGCUGAUUUCUAAGGUGCAUUUUUUUAUGAAAAGUACAACUUAAUUAACUAUCAAAAUUGUAGUUUACAAUAGCACAUAAGGGGGUAUCCCUAGUUAAGGAAGAGCAUAACAAGCCAAUGCUUCAUGCACUAAAUUAAAAAAACAAAUCAACCCCAAACAAUUUGUCUAAAGCAUAUUUCGUCAAAGGAACAAACAAUAGCAUCAUACAAUUUGCAUAGCCUGACUUGCAUAGUCUGCCUCAAGCAGAAACAACACCAUCAAGCAGUUCUCAAUCACUCCCCUCUAUGAUCAAAGCAAAAGGCAGCACUCUCGAGGCAAAAAGCAUACCAAUAGUCAACAAUUUGCAUAUGGGUACCAUACAAAACUCCCAAGGCAACACCUAACCAAGAAAACAACCUAGGUACCACCAUAAAAAUCAAUAAAGUUGAUAGGAUAUAAUCUAAAUAACACCUUCAAUUGCAAAAACACACUAAUCACCUUAUGAGCAACAAUAACCUCAUUCACAUCCUUUCAAAUUGACAAUGCAUAAAUGAGAUAGCUGAAACUGUUACGCGCAUCCUAGUAUGCUUUUUAGGAUUCUUGAAGGUAACUGCGCAGUUAUCUUCAAAACUUCAUUUGAAUGCCUUCCUGAUUGAAGUUUUAGCUGAAAUUUGGUAUGAGUAAACUAGACUUAAUUAACAAGAUGUUCAAAAAAUAUCAUUAUAAAAUUCCACCAGGAACCGCCUCGAAUGGUGACGGACAGACAGAGUCUCCUAUAUAAGAACUUAUUUGACCUUUUUAUGCAAUUUCGAGGACCAAUCUGACCCUUACCUCAAAAUUUAUUUGACCCAUGACGAAGGUUAAGUCGGAUUUCGCAAAUCCGACUUUGGAGAGACCCAUUUUAACUUUCCCGUAUUUUUGUACCAAAAAACUCAUAUACUACCAAGUACAAAAACCCUUGCUCACAAAAGUGACUUAAUAUGUUACUACGUAUCAUUUAUUUAUAUUAUUGUGUCAUAUAUUUACGACAUUGUUCUUUUACGUUAAAGAUAUGUCAUCAAUUCAGUGACACUACGGCUGUUUUCUAAUGGUUUCGCACCAUUUUAAAUUUUGUAACAUGUACGAGCAAAGACCCUGACUAUUAAAGUUGAAAACAUAUUUUUUACUACUUUUAUAUUAUGCAUUGCGCAUAAAAAUUGCUAGACACAAGCAUAAACUGCAAUACUGUUGGAGUAUUCUCAACAUGGUAGUUGUAAUUCUUGUCCCACAUCGAUGAGAGAAAGAGAAAGUGUCUUUUUUAAGAAAUUUCUUAUAAAAUGUGUGGUCCAUGGGUCAUUGUAACCAUGAGUUUUGUGUGCUAAUGUUAGUAUGGUUAUAUAAUACGUACACUACUACAUACGAUUAUACAUAAUCAUAUUUACAAUCAAGAGUUAGCAAUUUGCACUGAAGCAUGAAUUAAAUAUAGAGAAUAUUACCCGAAAUAGGACUAAAAUAAUAAUUAUAGUCUUCACAGUAAUUACUCCUAUUUUGGAAUAAAAAACAUGACAGUCCUAUUUUUGAAUUUUCAAACUGAUUUAGUUCUAUUUCGAGAACUUUCCAUUAAAUAUAACAAUAAUAGAGCUAUUGUUAUUUUUAGUGAAUUCGUGGAAUCAUCCACUAAGAAAAUUAUGAACACAAUGAACGGGGUAUGUUAAGGACUUAUGGCAAAGGACACAAUUAGCAGUCACAGUCUCUGUAUAUAUAGCCUAUUACUCUUGUGUGGCAAUGAAUGUCAAUGUAUUAGACAGAAAUAUUCUUCCCAAACAUAAAACAUUUGACAAGAUAUAGGCACAUUUUGCAGAUACGUAUAUUGCAUGAAUAAGGCUAUUAGUCACAGAGCAGAAAGUAGGAGAUCCAUUGUGGGGGAUUUGGCACCCCCAUUCACGUGUAUGGAAGCCAAGCAGAAAGAAAGCUGGAACCAAACGGACGCAGGAGCCAGGAAAGAAACAUUUUUGCGUUGAACGUAGCUUCAAGUGCAUAUUGUGUUGAACGUAGCUUCAAGUGCGAUCGCAUCAUUGCUGCUUCCAGGUGGAAGAACAGUAAAUUCCAGGUCAGUUUUUUUAGUUUUUAAAAAUUAUAAUUCCAAAUGAAUACUAAGACAAUGAAUUGUAACUUUCGGGUUUAAAAUCCCACUCAUAGCAGCGGAAAAUUCAGCUUGCAACAUAAAAUCAGGAAGUGCACUUGUGAACCUGAUUCAAAUGACAAAAUUGAUAAUUUUGGACGAGGCACCCAUGACUAAUAAGUACUGCUAUGAAGCUCUUGAUCGGACUAUGCGGGAUAUUCUUCGACAUUCAUACGGUUGUGAUGGGAGCAAACCUUCUGGUGGAAAGACAAUUGUUUUUGGCGGAGACUUUUGACAGAUUUUACCGGUACUGAGGCUAACGAAGACAUGAGAGUGCGAAGUGGAUGAGACGAUCUUAAUUUUGCAUAAAUACAAAGGUUCAUUUAUUGGAUUUUAAAGAUAGGGGACGGGGUUCUAGGUGACAAUGAGUAUGAGAAUCAUAUAUUGACAUACCCGAAGAAUUCCUCGUGCCUUUGAUUUCUGAUCCAGUUACUUAUAUUGUCCAGAGUACAUAUCCCGAUUUUUUAGCACAAUCCACAUCACCGUCAUAUUUAAUGUCAAGAUCAAUACUUGCGCCAACAGUUGACGAGGUGGACAAGGUUAAUGAUUACAUGUUCGAACAACUACCAUCAGAGAUGAAGACAUAUUUCAGCUCUGAUUCUGCAUCAUUAUCUGAUUCUGAUAGUAGUUUAUUGCAAGAGAUCCAUUCUCCAGAAUUCCUUAACGGAAUCAAAUGUUCCGGAGUACCUAGCCAUGAGCUCAAAUUAAAAGUGGGUGCCCAUGUGAUGCUUAUGAGAAAUCUUGAUCACUCAUUGGGUUUGUGUAAUGGCACUCGACUUUUAGUGACCCAACUUGGAAAGCAUGUUAUUGAGGCCCAAAUGUUGUCAGGGCCAACUGCCGACCAAAAACAUUUCAUUCCCCGUCUUACCUUGACUCCUUCUGAUGUCAGACUGCCAUUCACCUUCCAGCGCAGGCAAUUCCCUCUGAUGGUUAGUUAUGCGAUGAGGUCAAGGCCAGUCAUUGGAAAAUGUGGGCAUAUUCUUACGGCGACCGGUUUUCACCCAUGGGCAGCUUUACGUUGCUGUAUCAAGAGUCACGAGUUCAGCUGGUUUGAAGUUUUUGACAUGUGACGAUAAUGGUAGAUCGACAAAUUUAAAUGUUGUAUACAAAGAGGUCUUUACCAAUUUGUAAUAUUGCAUUUUGUCUUGAAUAAAAUUGAGAACAUUUUGUUGGAAAAAGUGUGUUAAAAGUGCAUUAAAUGGUCAUUUUGGGGCAAUUAUUUGAGUGGGGUCCACUUCCGAUUUGGGUCGGGUCAAAGUGGUUUCGGAUUGUCCUUGCUAAGGGCUACAAUUCGAUAUAUGGUACACUCAAAACGGAUAACGGGUGAAUGAGAAAUUGUUUUUCGAAGUUUACCCGUUGGAAUGGAGAAAACUAGGAAAAUGUGGGUUUUAGUGUGGGUUCUUUCCCACACCGAAAAUCACAAGGGAAUUUGAACCCUUUAUAAAGGGAACCCCCCCUAAGGAGUUAAGAUUCCUAAAGGGAAAGGCUCUCUCACGCGCGCAGGGGGGGUGCGAAUCAAAUCCCGAAACCGAAGAACAAAAACCGCGACUUGCGUGUGCGGGCGAACCUGCACACACGAAUGCCAUCCGAAAAUCUAUCUUCUAAAGAUAACGUUAAUUUUUGUUCUUCCGGUACGUUCCUACUUUAAUUUUUGCUCCAUGCACAUAAAUGCCCAACGUCUAUAUGCUGCCAUUGAUGUCCCAACGUUCAUAUGAACGUUUGGGUUGUUUAAGGACUGGAAUCAAUGCCCAACGUUUAGGACAUUGAUGUCCAACGAUCAUAAACCUUAAACAGCCAUUAACACACCUUAAUCCACCCCUAUAAAAGGCUAGUAGGUGCUUUGCAAAGAUACAACUCUUCAUACACUUCGUUCACGUAUUUUCAUAGCUAAAACAGCACCUCUAGCACUCCAUACAAACUCCUUCGGUGUUCUGCUUUUGUUCACGUUCGUUGGAACUUUAGUUUGAGUGCUAAACUAUUGUUCGAAGUCAUCGUAUCCUGGGAAACGAUCGUUGCAACGCUCCUAGCACCCUGGGAGGCAACGAAUACGUUUUAAGGAAAUCGUGCGUAGCACGAGCUUUGGCUUAUUCCGCUUCAUCUCAUUUCUUGUUUUUUCUUUAAGUCAUUUUAUUUAAUUAAUCUCUAUUAAUUAAUUUUCUUUGUUUUUUCGAAACACACCCAACAAUCUUAAAACGUAUUCGGUGAUUGUUCUACUACGGUAAACAAUCUCAAAACUUGUACUUUGUCACCUUGGUGAACGAACUUGUUUUUUUGUGCUUUCGAAUAAUGUAAGAAACGAAAAAUGACUUCUCAAGAAAAUGAAAAUGUUGUUGGGCAGAAUGCUUUGAACGGUUUGAACGAUAAUCACUUUGAAAGCGGAACUGCGGUGAACAAUAGUUCACAACGCGGUGCAUCUGCUUUGGUUAACCAAAGGGCUAUCCCUAUGGUGACCGUGCCGAGCAACUCUGUGGAGAAACCCGAAAAAAUUAAUGGGUUAAACUUCAAGAGGUGGCAGCAAAAGAUGCUCUUCUAUCUCACUACUCUCGGUCUUGCACGUUUCUUGACCGAGGAUGCGCCUGUAGUAACCGGGGGUGAGGUGGAUGCGCAAUCUUUCAACGCGGUUGAGGUUUGGAAGCAUUCUGACUUCCUUUGCCGAAACUACGUGUUGAACGGGCUGCAUGAUGCUCUGUACGACGUGUAUAGUAAAUUAGCUACGGCUAAGGAGCUAUGGAAUGCUUUGGACCACAAAUAUAAGAGCGAGGAUGCCGGUGCAAAGAAAUUUGUUGUCGGUCGAUUCCUUGAUUUUAAAAUAGUGGAUUCGAAGACGGUCCUGAGUCAAGUUGAAGAAAUGCAAAUGAUCUUCAACGAAAUUCGAGAUGAAGGAAUGACAGUUAGCUAGUCUUUCCAAGUGGCGUCAAUUAUCCAUUUAUUGCCGCCGGCUUGGAUGGAUUUCAAGAACUACCUUAAGCAUAAGCGAAAGGAAAUGAACUUGGAACAGUUGAUCCUCCGUCUGCGGAUUGAAGAGGAUAAUCGGAAGAACGAUGGGAGACUUCCAAUCGUUAGCGGCGCCAAGGCCAAUGUGGUGGAGCAUGCAAAAGGCUCCCAAAAUAAAAAUAAUGGGAAGAGCAAGCUCGGUCCCAAGGGAGGCGUUUCCAAACCCAAAUUUAAUGGAAAAUGCUUCAAUUGCAACAAGAAUGGACACAAGUCCUCGGAUUGCAAGGCACCACGGAAGAAGAAAGACUCCCAAGUCAACUUGGUGCAAGGUGGGCAAAAGGAUGAAGACAUCAUCCUAGCGGCUGUGGUUACCGAAGUCAACCUCGUUGGAUCCAAUUCCAAGUAGUGGUUCGUGGACACCGGUGCAACCCGGCACAUUUGCUCUAACCAGGAGCUAUUCACAACCUUUGAGCCAUCAAACGGUGAGAAUGUGUGGAUGGGGAAUUCUGCUCAUUCCGAGAUUGAAGGCAUGGGCAAGGUGGUCCUGAAGAUGACUUCGGGCAAGGAGCUGACUCUCAACAAUGUGUUGUACGUCCCGGAGAUACGCAAAAACUUGAUCUCGGGAAUGUAUGUGAGGAAGGGGUAUGCAGUUGAUGGGCUGUUUAAGCUCAAUGUAAUGACUAUUAUUAUUAAUAAUAAUAAAAUCUCUUCUGCUUACUUGCUUGAGUCUUCCAAUGUGUGGCAUGGUAGACUAGGACAUGUUAAUUUUAAUUCUAUACGUAGAUUAAUUAACAUGGAACACAUUCCUAAAUUCACAAUUGAUGUGAAUCACAAAUGUGGAGUUUGUGUAGAGGCAAAACUAGCGAAAACGUCUUUCAAAUCGGUUGAAAGAAAAACGGAACCACUAGAAUUAAUUCAUAGUGACGUUUGUGAUUUUAAAUCAAUACAAACACGUGGUGGUAAUAAAUAUUUUAUUACUUUUAUCGAUGAUAGCACUCGCUAUAGCUAUGUUUAUUUAUUAAAAAAUAAACACGAAGCAAUCGAUAAAUUUAUUCUUUAUAAGAAUGAAGUGGAAAACCAACUUAAUCGACGGAUUAAAACGGUUAGGAGUGAUCGAGGUGGUGAGUAUGAAAUACCAAUUGGUGACUUUUGCGCAAGUGUGGGUAUAGUACACGAACGUACCGCACCCUAUUCACCUCAAUCAAACGGUGUUGCCGAACGAAAGAAUCACACAUUGAAAGAUAUGAUGAAUGUGAUGCUAGUAAGUUCGGGCUUGCCACAAAAUAUGUGGGGCGAAACAAUCUUGACAAGCAAUUACCUUUUAAAUAAGGUUCCCUGGAAAAAAUAUGAUAAAACUCCGUACGAGUUGUGGAAAGGCAGACGGCCUUCCUAUCAAUAUUUAAAAGUGUGGGGGUGUCUUGCUAAGGUGGAAAAAUAUUUAAAAUAGGUCCAAAAACGGUGGAUUGUAUUUUUAUUGGGUAUGCACAAAAUAGUAGUGCUUAUCGGUUUUUAGUGUACGAUUCGAAUAAUCCGGAUGUACAUAAAAACACAAUAAUUGAAUCAAGGAAUGCUUCAUUCUUUGAAGAUGUAUUUCCAUGCAAGUCCAACGAAGUGCCUAGCACGUCAAAACGAACAUUUGACGUAGCUAUGGAAAAUACUAGCGAGGGAUCCGGAGAAGAACCCGAACCCAGACGUAGCAAACGUGCUAGAAUUGAAAAAUCCUUCGGACCGGAUUUUCUCACCUACCUGGUAGAAGUUGACUCGGAUAUUCUAACAUGUAUGGUAGAAAAUGAACCGGAUUUUCUAACAUGUUUGGUAGAAAAUGAGCCACGGACUUAUACGGAAGCCGUGACGUCUAUUGAAGGUCCUGUGUGGAAAAAAGCCAUCAAAAGUGAGGUGGAUUCUAUCCUUAAAAAUCACACAUGGGAAUUGGUUGAUCUUCCUCCGGGAAAUAAACCUUUGGGAUCCAAGUGGAUUUUUAAACGGAAAAUGAAACCUGACGGUUCCAUUGAUAAGUACAAGGCCAGACUUGUAAUCAAAGGAUACAAGCAACGUGAGGGCCAUGAUUACUUUGACACAUAUUCUCCUGUGACGAGAAUAAAUUCCAUUAGGAUGAUACUAGCAAUUGUCGCAUUGCGGAAAUUGAAAGUUCAUCAAAUGGACGUAAAAACCGCUUUUCUAAAUGGCGAUAUAGACGAAGAAAUCUAUAUGGAACAGCCCGAGGGCUUUCGUGUUCCUGGUCAAGAAAGGAAAGUGUGUAAAUUAAUUAAAUCAUUGUAUGGAUUGAAACAAGCCCCUUAACAGUGGCACGAAAAGUUCGAUCAUGCAAUGUUAAUUAAUGGGUUUAAAAUAAACGAAAGUGACAAAUGCGUCUAUGUGAAGAGCACGGUAGACGGCUAUGUCAUCUUAUGUUUAUAUGUGGAUGAUAUACUCAUCGUGGGUAGCAAUAAUCUAAUGAUUAAUUCUACCAAAAGCAUGUUAAAUUCUAAGUUUGACAUGAAGGAUAUGAGGCUGGCCGAUUUAAUCCUUGGGAUUAAAAUAAUUAGAGGACCUGACGGUCUAACGCUAAGUCAAUCCCAUUACGUUGAUAAAAUCCUUACUAAAUUUAAUAAGGAUGAUUAUCAAGAGGCAAGGACGCCAUUAGAUAAAAAUGUACAUCUGACCAAAAAUCGUGGAGACUGUAUUUCUCAAGUAGAAUACGCUAGGAUUAUUGGCAGUUUAAUGUAUCUAAUGAGUUGUACCAGGCCUGAUAUUGCCUUUGUGGUUAGUAAGCUUAGUAGAUAUACUAGCAACCCCGGUGAUGAACACUGGAAGGCAAUAGUAAGGGUUUUGAGGUAUUUACGGAAAACCCAAAACCUUGGACUGCACUAUGAAAGAUAUCCAACUGUACUUGAAGGGUAUAGCGACGCUAGUUGGAAAUCUGACAUUAAGGACUCAAAAUCCACAAGUGGAUAUGUUUUCACUUUGGGAGGUGCAGCCGUGUCGUGGAAAUCCUCGAAACAACCGUUAAUAGCUAGAUCUACGAUGGAAUUUGAGCUAAUAGCCUUGGAUAAGUGCACUGAAGAGGCUGAAUGGCUACGCCAUUUUCUCGAGGAUAUUCCAAGUUGGGAGAAGCCUGUCCCUCCAAUAUGCAUACCUUGUGAUUGUCAAGCGGCAAUUGGAAGGGCACAGAGCAAUCUCUACAAUGGUAAGUCUAGACACGUUCGUCGUAGACAUAACACCAUUAAACAACUCCUCACAACGGGUGUUAUCACUGUUGACUACGUGAAGUCAAAGGAUAACGUAGCGGAUCCGCUAACCAAGGCAUUGGAUAGAAAAUUGUUGGAGAAGUUAUCACGAGGAAUGGGACUAAAGCCCGUAAAUUGAAAAGUUCUAUAGUGGAUACCCAACCUAGUUGGUCCUAGGUUCAAAAGGGACAACUAAAUUAUAGAGCGAAGGAUGGUCACUGUGGGGGUCCCAAACUCCUACCCACUCCUCGUUGAAACAGUGACUCCCGCACGAGGUUAGCAAAAACGUUUGCUUUAAUGAUUCUAAAAUGUUGAUCUACUCGAUAACAUUGGAAGAGUAUGCGGAAUACUCAUGAAAGAAUCACCUAUGUGAGAGAGAAGAGGGCCGCUUCAAAGGAGAACUGUAAUGGCUCAGUUCUUUAGAAACUCUUGCAGAACCAGGACGGUGACCCAUGGCCAAAACGGGCACACACAUGAGAACGGAACAAAGGUCGAAGGUUCUUGUGUAAAGAUAAGUCAAUAUUUACACGACGACAGUAUAGUUCAAGGACAUCGAGUCUACUAGACAGCCAGUAAAUAAACGUGUCUUUACAUCGGAAGGUUCAAAGGAUAAAACCUACCUCUCCGUGUGCAGGGAUCAUCCGGUGAACACAACGUGUCCUCCUAUCUUCGUGUCUUUUUAAGUCUCGAAAAUCAAUUUUCAUUCAUGUGGGGGAUUGUUGGAAAAACUGUGUUAAAAGUGCAUUAAAUGGUCAUUUUGGGGGAAAUUAUUUGAGUGGGGUCCACUUCCGAUUUGGGUCGGAUCAAAGUGGUUUCGAAUUGUCCUUGCUAAGGGCUACAAUUCGAUAUAUGGUACACUCAAAACGGAUAACGGGUGAAUGAGAAAUUGUUUUUCGAAGUUUACCCGUUGGAAUGGAGAAAACUAGGAAAAUGUGGGUUUUAGUGUGGGUUCUUUCCCACACCGAAAAUCACAAGGGAAUUUGAACCCUUUAUAAAGAGAAACCCCCCCUAAGGAGUUAAGAUUUCUAAAGGGAAAGGCUCUCUCACGCGCGCAGGAGGAGUGCGAAUCAAAUCCCGAAACCGAAGAACAAAAACCGCGACUUGCGUGUGCGGUGACCUGCACACACGAAGAUAAACUUUAAUUUUUGUUCUUCCGAUACGUUCCUACUUUAAUUUUUGCUCCAUGCACAUAAAUGCCCAACGUCUAUAUGCUGCCAUUGAUGUCCCAACGUUCAUAUGAACGUUUUGGGUUGUUUAAGGACUGGAAUCAAUGCCCAACGUUUAGGACAUUGAUGUCCAACGAUCAUAACCAUUAAACAGCCAUUAACACACCUUAAUGCACCCCUAUAAAAGGCUAGUAGGUGCUUUGCAAAGAUACAACUCUUCAUACACUUCGUUCACGUAUUUUCAUAGCUAAAACAGCACCUCUAGCACUCCAUACAAACUCCUUCAGUGUUCUGCUUUUGUUCACGUUCGUUGGAACUUUAGUUUGAGUGCUAAACUAUUGUUCGAAGUCAUCGUAUCCUGGGAAACGAUCGUUGCAACGCUCCUAGCACCCCGGGAGGCAACGAAUACGUUUUAAGGAAAUCGUGCGUAGCACGAGCUUUGACUUAUUCUGCUUCAUCUCAUUUCUUGUUUUUUCUUUAAGUCAUUUUAUUUAAUUAAUCUCUAUUAAUUAAUUUUCUUUGUUUUUUCGAAACACACCCAACACAUUUUAAUUACAAUUCACAGAGGGAAAACAAUAUUAUGCGCUCAUUUAGAAAAAUAAUUGAAUUAUUGUCAAAACAAUUCAGUUUUAUCCCAUGUAACGCACGGGUUAAAUAACUAAUUGUUCAUAAAUCAAACUAAAACAUAUUCAAGUUUACAAGAAAAAGGGUAUAACAACUUCACAGUACCCGUGUUCUUCUGAGAGAUUCACAUGGAAUUGAUGAAGUGAAGAGUGACACAGGAAACAAAAUUCUUUACAUCCUCAAGGUUCAUGGAAUUGCUCCCGAGAUACCAGAGGAUUUGUACCAUUUGAUUAAGAAGGCAGUUGCAAACAGGAAGCACUUUGAGAGGAAUAGGAAGGACAAGGACUCCAAGUUCCGCCUGAUUCUUGUUAAGUGCAGGAUACAUCGCCUUGCCCACUACUACAAGAAGACAAAAAACUUCCCCCGUUUGAAAAUAUGUAUCUACAACUGCCAACACCUUGGUGGCUUAAACUGAAGUGGGCUUUGGGAUCUGAAAUGAUCAGAAACCCGUUUGGUGAUCCUAUUUUUCAGCUUAUCGGGCUUGUCAACCAACUUUUUCAUCAAACACGUAAUUUUUUAUUUCGCACACUGAUUUGUGUAAUAAUAAGAAAAAGUUAGGUUGUAGUUACUUUUCUAGCUGUACUGCUGAAGUUACUGUAUGAGAUCAUUUUAGC